AUGACUCAGACCUAUCAGCACAUUGUGGCUUUGGUGUUUGCUGUCAAGGAGAUUAAUGAAAAUCCCUGGAUCUUACCCAACAUCAGCCUGGGCUUCCACAUAUACAGCAGUCAGUUUACUGCAAGUUGGACUUAUCAAGCAUCAAUGGAACUUCUCUCUGCAGACAGACCCGUCCCUAACUACAAUUGUGACUUCCAGAAUAAUCCCAUUGCAGUCAUUGGGGGACCUGACGCUGACGUCUGUCUUCAUAUGGCGACUAUCCUGUGCCUCUACAAGAUUCCUCAGGUACCAAAUGGGAGGCAGAUUCACAGGAAAGAUUUACCACACCAUCCAAACUCAAGAUUCAAUGGGAUGAAAGAGUUUGGAUAUGGAAUUGGGAUUUUUCUGGCUGAUGAUUCUGAGCAGACCCCUGAUCAAAUCUGCACAUUGGUCCAGAUGGAUCAGAUCAGAGAACCUCUUCCUAUUCUUCACAAGUAUUAUCAGUCAGGAGACCUCAUCAUUGCUGGCAUUAUUUCUCAGAUCUACAUAUUUUCAAGUACACUGAACUUCGAAAAGCAUCCAUCUGAAGAACUUUCUGAUGAUCAUAUGGUGCUGACUCAGAACUACCAGCAUAUCCUGGCCUUGGCAUUUGCUGUAAAGGAGAUCAAUGAAAACUCCCAAAUGUUACCUAAUGUCACUCUUGGAUUCCACAUCUACAAUAGUCAUUUCACUGCACGCUGGACCUAUCAAGCCUCAAUGGAACUUCUCUCCAGACGGGCCAGAUUCAUUCCUAACUACAAGUGUGAUGUUGAGAACCCUCCAGUUGCAGUCAUUGGGGGACCAAACUCGAAUGUCUGUCUUCAUAUGGCAACUAUCCUGUGCAUGUACAAGAUGCCACAACUCAUAUACGGCUCUUCACCUGUCAUGAAUAACAAAACCCAAGCUGUUUUCUUCCAUCGGAUGCUCCCAAAUGGGGCCUUCCAAUAUCAGGGCAUUCUCCACUUACUUCUGCAUUUCUCAUGGACAUGGAUUGGAGUGGUUUCUCAGGCUGAUGACAAUACAGAGAACUUUAUAGACAACGUACUUCCACUAUUUUCCGAGGGUGGCAUCUGUUUUGACUUCAUAGAAAGAUUCCCCAAACUAACUUCUUCUAGCGGCUUUGGUGACAUGGUAGAAGAAGGUUUUAAGACAGUCAAUGUUAUUAUGGCAAGCACUGCCCAUGCUGUGGUUAUGCAUGGAGAAAUUCAGACCAUGGUGGUCUUUAGGGGACUGCCCCAGGUUGCGGAAAUGGAGGGCAUACAAUGGAAGAAAAAGCCUAAAGUUUGUAUUAUGACAGCCCAGAUGGAUUUCACAGCAUUCCCCUUUCAAAGAAAUUGGGGCAUAAAUUUUCUCCAUGGGGCUAUAUCCCUUUCAAUACACUCAAAGGAGGUGUUAGGAUUCCAUAAAUUUCUUCAGAGCAGGAAACCUGACUCACAAAAAGAAGAUGGCUUUGUCAGGGACUUUUGGGAAGAAUCAUUUAACUGUUCAUUUCCCAAUUCGGUGGCACACAAGUUGGAUCGGCAAAGGUGCUCAGGGGAUGAGAAGCUGGAGUCACUUCCUGUAUCUGUGUUUGAAAUGUGCAUGACUGGCCACAGUUACAGCAUCUAUAAUGCUAUCUAUGCAGUGGCACAUGCUUUGCAAAAUAGUCAUUCAACCCAGUCCAAAUACAGAGCAAUUGUACAUAGUGGAAGAUGGAAGCUUCUGAAUCCACAACAAUGGCAGCUGCACCACAUUCUCAGAAGUAUUUCAUUUAACAACAGUGCGGGAGAAAUUGUGUCCUUUGAUCAAAAUAGAGAACUAAUUGCUGGAUUUGACAUUAUCAACUGGAUCACAUUCCCAAACCAGUCCUUCCUCAGAGUCAAAGUUGGAAAGAUAGACCCUCUGACUCUCCUAGAGAAGACAGUCUCCAUGGCUUCCCUGGACAAAGUCUUCACCAUUGACGAGGAUGUCAUCAUAUGGCCCAAACAAUUUAAUCAGUCAAAGCCCCUUUCACGGUGUAAUGACUACUGCUAUCCAGGCUAUAGUAGGGCCAAGAGGGAAGGGGAGCCAUUUUGCUGCUAUGAUUGCUUUCCAUGUGCAGAAGGAAAGAUAUCAGACCAGAAGGACAUGGAUGACUGUUUUCAGUGUUCAGAAGAUCAUUAUCCAAACAUUGGCCAGGAUGGAUGCCUUACAAAAGACACAAGCUUCCUUUCUUACAAAGAACCUCUGGGGAUAAUUCUGGCCACAUUUGCUCUAUCCUUUUCUUGCAUCACAGCUUUGAUACUUAGAAUAUUCAUGAGGCACAAGGAUACACCCAUAAUCAAAGCCAACAACAGGAACCUCACCUACACUCUCCUCAUCUCCCUCCUGCUCUCGUUUCUUUGUGCUCUGCUAUUCAUUGGCCCACCUGCAAAAAUAACAUGUUUCCUUCAACAAACUGCUUUUGGAAUUAUCUUCUCAGUGGCAGUUUCUUGCAUAUUAGCCAAAACCACCAUAGUAGUUCUAGCUUUCAUGGCUACCAAGCCAGGGUCCAGGAUGAGGAGAUGGGUGGGGAAAAGACUGGCCAACUCCAUUGUCCUUGCUAGCUUCCUUAUUCAAGCCAGUAUUUGUACAGUGUGGUUAGCAGCUGCUCCCCCAUUCCCAGAUUUAGACAAGCACUCAAUGACUAAAGAAACUGUAUUGAAAUGUAAUGAAGGGUCAGUCACCAUGUUCUACUGUGUUCUAGGUUUUAUGGGCUUCCUGUCCAUUGUAAGCUUCACUGUGGCUUUCCUAGCUAGGAAGUUGCCUGACAGUUUUAAUGAAGCCAAGUUUAUCACCUUCAGCAUGUUCAUCUUUUGCAGUGUGUGGUUGUCCUUUGUUCCUACCUACCUGAGUGCUAAGGGGAAAUACAUAGUGGCUGUGGAGAUCUUCUCCAUAUUGGCCUCCAGUGCUGGGUUACUGGGUUGCAUCUUUUCUCCAAAAUGCUAUGUUAUCUUGCUGAGACCUGAGUUGAACAGCAGGGAACAGCUGAUAAGAAAAAAAAGUUAA